GGCCUUCCUGUUUUUUGGCCCCAAAUCCUCAGAGGCAGGGACUCCAGGGCCAAAGUUCCCACACCACCUUCACCUCCAGGGGUUCAGAAACCUGGAGCUCUGAGGCCAGGACACCGUGUGCCGAUGUCCCUGCUGCUCAGACGGGGAAACUGAGGCACGGGGCUUGCCCGAGGCUUCCCGGAAGGACGAGGCUGCAGGUUUCUUACUCAGGACGUCCGGACUGCACCCCUGCGGGUAGGGGUGUGGCGGGCUGGGUUCCAGAGGGUGUCGCUUCUCGUCACCCCGACCUCGCCAUGCGGACCCCGCGAGCGCCCCCUCCUCGCCCGGCCCCACUGCUCCUACUGCUGCUACUGGGGGAAGCUAAUGGCCUCUUCCCCGAGGAGCCGCCGCCGCUCAGCGUGGCCCCCAGGGACUACCUGAACCACUACCCCGUGUUCGUGGGCGGCGGGCCAGGACGCCUGACCCCAGCAGAGGGUACUGACGACCUCAACAUCCAGCGGGUCCUGCGGGUCAACAGGACGCUGUUCAUCGGGGACAGGGACAACCUGUACCGGGUGGAGCUGGAGCCCCCCACGACCACGGAGCUGCGGUACCAGCGGAAACUGACCUGGCGCUCCAACCCCAGUGACAUCAACGUGUGUCGGAUGAAGGGCAAGCAGGAGGGCGAGUGUCGGAAUUUUGUAAAGGUGCUGCUACUUCGCGACGAAUCCACGCUCUUCGUGUGCGGUUCCAAUGCCUUCAACCCCGUGUGUGCCAACUACAGCAUGGACACACUGCAGCCCCUGGGGGACAAUAUCAGCGGCAUGGCCCGUUGCCCAUACGAUCCCAAACAUGCCAACGUUGCCCUCUUCUCUGAAGGGACGCUCUUCACGGCCACCGUUACUGACUUCCUAGCCAUCGAUGCCGUCAUCUACCGCAGCCUGGGGGACCGGCCCACCCUGCGUACCGUGAAACACGACUCCAAGUGGUUCAAAGAGCCCUACUUUGUCCAUGCGGUGGAGUGGGGCAGCCACAUCUAUUUCUUCUUCCGGGAGAUCGCGAUGGAGUUUAACUAUCUGGAGAAGGUGGUGGUGUCCCGAGUGGCCCGGGUGUGCAAGAAUGACGUGGGGGGCUCCCCCCGGGUGCUGGAGAAGCAGUGGACGUCCUUCCUGAAGGCGCGGCUCAACUGCUCCGUGCCUGGCGACUCCCAUUUCUACUUCAACGUGCUGCAGGCUGUCACGGGCGUGGUCAGCCUGGGGGGCCGGCCGGUGGUCCUUGCUGUCUUCUCCACCCCCAGCAACAGCAUCCCCGGCUCGGCUGUCUGCGCCUUCGACAUGACGCAGGUGGCUGCCGUGUUUGAAGGCCGCUUCCGUGAGCAGAAGUCCCCCGAGUCCAUCUGGACCCCCGUGCCGGAGGACCAGGUGCCACGGCCCCGACCUGGGUGCUGCGCGGCUCCCGGCAUGCAGUACAACGCCUCUAGCGCCUUCCCCGAUGAGAUCCUCAACUUUGUCAAGACCCACCCCCUGAUGGACGAAGCGGUGCCCUCUCUGGGCCACGCGCCCUGGAUCGUGCGGACCCUAAUGCGGCACCAGCUGACGCGAGUGGCUGUGGACGUGGGCGCCGGCCCCUGGGGCAACCACACCGUCGUCUUCCUGGGUUCCGAGGUGGGCACCGUCCUCAAGUUCCUCAUCUGGCCCAACACCAGCGCCUCAGGCACCGCCGGGCCCAGUGUCUUCCUAGAGGAGUUCGAGACCUACCGGCCGGACAGGUGUGGACGGUUCAGCAGCGGUGAGGCGGGGCGGCGGCUGUUGAGUCUGGAGCUGGACCCGGCCUCGGGUGGCCUGCUGGCAGCCUUCCCCCGCUGCGUGGUCCGCGUGCCCGUGGCCCGCUGCCAGCAGUACUCAGGGUGCAUGAAGAACUGUAUUGGCAGUCAGGACCCCUACUGUGGGUGGGCCCCUGAUGGUUCCUGUGUCUUCCUCAGCCCCGGCACCAGAGGCACCUUUGAGCAGGACGUGUCUGGGGCCAGCACCUCAGGCUUAGGGGACUGUACAGGACUCCUGCGGGCCAGCCUGGCGGAGGAGCGCGCCGGGCUGGUGUCGGUGAACCUGCUGGUGACGUCGUCCGUGGCAGCCUUCGUGGUGGGCGCCGUCGUGUCCGGCUUCAGCGUGGGCUGGUACGUGGGUCUCCGCGAGCGGCGCGAGCUGGCGCGCCGCAAGGACAAGGAGGCCAUCCUGGCGCACGGCGGCGGCGAGGCCGUGCUGAGCGUGAGCCGGCUGGGCGAGCGCAGGGCGGCCGGGGGCCGGUGCGGCGGCGGCGGCGGCGGCGGCGGGGGCGGCGGGGGCGGCGGCGCCGGGGGGCCCCCCGAGGCCCUGCUGGCGCCCCUGAUGCAGAACGGCUGGGCCAAGGCCACGCUGCUGCAGGGCGGCCCCCACGACCUGGACUCGGGGCUGCUGCCCACGCCCGAGCAGACGCCGCUGCCGCAGAAGCGCCUGCCCGCCCCGCACCCCCACGCCCUGGGCGCGCGCGCCUGGGAGCACGGCCACCCGCUGCUCUCGGCGUCCGCGUCCUCCUCCCUGCUGCUGCUGGCGCCGGCCCGCGCCCCCGAGCCGCCGCCCGCGCCCCCCGCGCCCCCCGUGCCCGGAGAGCCGGGCCCCGACGCGCGCCUCUACGCCCGGCCCGGCCGCGCGGCGCACGGCGACUUCCCGCUGACCCCGCACGCCAGCCCGGACCGCCGGCGCGUCGUGUCGGCGCCCACCGGGCCCUCGGAACCCGGCCCCCUCGCCGCCGCCGCCGACGGCCUCCCGCGGCCCUGGAGCCCGCCGCCCACGGGCAGCCUGCGGAGGCCCGGCCCCCACGGCCCGCCGGCCGCCGCCCUGCGCCGCACGCACACGUUCAACAGCGGCGAGGGCCGGCCGGGCGACCGCCACCGCGGCCGCCACGCGCGGCCCGGCACGGACUUGGCCCACCUCCUCUCCUACGGGGGCACGGACAGGACUGCGCCCCCCGUGCCCUAGGCCGGGGCCCCGACGCCUCGGCGGUGCCAGCCACGGGAACCAGGAGCGAGAGGGCCGGCCCAAGUGCUCACGACCCCCGCCCCGCCCCGCCCCGCGUGGGGGGCCCCCUCGGCCGCACGGAAGCACAACGAGCUCGGCGCCCCCGCCCCGCCCCGCCCGGGGCCGCGGGACACUGAGGCGGCGGUGGGGGCGGGGGUGGGGGCGGGAGGAAUGUGCUACGGAUUUGAGGUUGACCUUCUGCGCGUGGAUUUGGGUUUGUUUUCCAGUUGGCGUUUCUUUUGCAGAUUUCUAUCCAAUUGCACAACUCCGUUCUUGGGGUGUCAGCCGGGGGAGGGGGGGGAGGGGGACGCGGGGCGGGAACGCUUGGAGGCGGUGGGAUGGGGAGGGGCCGCGUCUGCGACCCGAGCUCCCCACCCCCAGCCCCACCCCCCACGCCCCUCCUCAACCCAGGUUCCUGGCGUGUGUGGGUGUGCGUGCGCGUGUGCAUGCCGUAUUCGUGUGCAAGGGGCCAGGAAGGGGAGGGACGUGUGUGUGU